GCAUUUGCCUCUGUUUUAGAUUAUUUGCUGGUUAGUUUUUCCGUGGAAAAUAAAUAAGUUUUAGAAAAUAAUAUUUAAAAAAUAAUCCACUAUAAAGUUAAGUUGAAUUAAACUUUCAAAGCUAAUCACAAAGUAGUUAACUUUAUCUGACCUCAUACAGUACAGAGCGGUAAGCCAUUUUAAUUAUCGGUUCAGAAUGAAUCCAUGUUAGUUUAAUUGUGCAUUUCCGUCACAGAUUGUACUAUGUCGUCGUUGUCGGAGGAAGAGGAGAUCGAGCGAGUUGAAAAUGGAGAGUGUGAUGAUAAACAAUUGGCGUUUAUUACUAUGCUUAAAGAUUACAAGGUGCUUUUAAGCAAAUCCCAAGUCCCAUCCGUGAAGGAAAAGAAGGCUAAGGCCACUACAGAGUUUCUCGCCGCCCUUCAGGAGAAACUAAUGCUGACCUAUACAAAGGCAACUCUUUCCAAGAAAAUCUCGCGAAUGAAAACGGACGUUAAGAAUAAGUGUGACGCUAAUCGAACCGGAAACAAGAAAUUGAACUUGAAAUUAUGGGAGAACGUCAUGGCUGAACUUAUAGGGGCAGAGACAAAUCCAUCAAUUGCUCAGAUACAAGGCGCUGCUUCUGUUGGAGUAUCAGUCCGUGUAGCUCGACCUCUUAUUCCUAGUCCACCUCUUUUACUAGAUUCCGAAAACACUGCAGAAUUAAUUGUGCCACCAGCAAAACGUCCAUCACUUAAUACUGUGAAGCGGAAGACGGGGGAUGACGUAUUAAAAUCAUUGGAGACAGACGAUACCAAACUCUUGUCAUUGACCCAGUUACAAAGACUUGUUCUUUUGGAGCAACUUAAAGUACUCAACAUGAAGCGACAACGAUUGGAAAAUGAGAUCCUUGCAACUAAACAUAUCAAUGUUAAUGAUGGAUCACAAUUCGAACUGCCGGAUAUUUAAUUCUUUUAUAUGGAAUA